CGGCCCUAUAAGCUUCCUCUAUCCUGGAAAACAAAGCAGCAUCUGCCGUGGGAGUGCCGGAAUCUGGAUGGUAGAGCUUGGCCAUAUGCAGGGCCACAAAAGAAUGACAAGAAGUAUCACACAGACCAUAACACAUCUGGCUCCUGUGGUCAAAAGAAAACUCAACAUAACAUUUGAAGAGACAUCUAUUCUUUGGAGAGACUGAAAAAUGAGCAGCUUUACUGAUGAAGAUCUGGACCACUAUUUACAAAAUCAGGUGGAUCUCAGGCAUCGACAGGUUGCAAAGUCGGUAGAAGAUGUGCAGAAAAUAAUAAAAGAUCUCACAGCUGAGGUCAGCUCAAAGGAUGCCCGUUUCCAGUCCAUUGCAAACUCUGGUGUCCACAAUACCAGCCUUAAAGAUCAGCCAGCUUUAGUGGCCAAAUGGGCUGCAUUGCUGCGGGGAAGAUGUGCAUACAACCCUGCCCUCCAAGUGCUCACACCAACCCUGUACCUGAUCUCAGUGCCUCUGCGGGGCUUGAUGGGCUGUAAGCAGAGGCGAGCACGACAGUGGCGUUACUACACGUUGAGCGGGUCUCGUCUCCUCUCACCUGUCCGUGAACCAGAAAAGGUUUAUCAGUGGUUGGAACUGGAGAGUUUUAUCAACCCAAGUCAGGAGUGGCAUGAUGCCCACAUGACAAUUGAAGGUGAUAUUGUGCCAGCCAAGGUGUUGAAUGUCUUCAAAGAGCAUCUAGAAACAUCCAUAAAGACUUGUGGACUAACAAAUAAAGUGAGCAUGCUGGAGUCAGUUGGGUCAGUGGUGCUUGUUGCCGUGGAAACAUCAGAGGCACAAAUUGAGGUGGAACUGGUUCCUACAGUGGAGCUUAUGAACUACUGGCCAAAGAGGGCUCGAUGGCCCUCUUUGGCCCUCCGCCUCUUUCGGAGAUGGCCCUCUGCAGAACGUGCUCGCUGCAUCAAGUCUUUUGGAUUCAACCUAAUGGCCACAUCAAACUACCACUGGCUGCUGUCAUUCUCUCGGGCGGAGCAGGUGCUGAUUAGUAAUAUAGAUGAGGACGGCGGCUGCCGCAAGAAAUGCUAUCGGGUGGUCAGACAGCUUAAGGAAGACGUCUGGUGUCCUGGAAGCAAACCUGUCAUCACUGCCUACCACCUACAAACACUGCUGUUCUGGACAUGUGAGAAGUACCCUUGCACCAGGUACUGGAGGGAUUUCAGGGGAUGUGUAUUGCGGCUGGUGCACAAGCUCUAUAAAUGUGUUAGCCAGCACUAUCUCCGACAUUACUUCGUACGAUCCCACAACCUUCUGAAAUACAGCAACAGGAAUGAGCUUGAUGAUGUGGCAAAGAAGAUCAAUAGUUUUCUGUACAACCCAGGCGCAUACGUUCACUAGAAGCUUCCUCUGUGGGUUAAAUGACAUAGACCCGUGUUAGCCGUGCUCUGAUUUUUCUGACUGCAUCAUAUUGAUGAGAUGAUGGUGGUAGGGUGUAGUAGACUAAAGUAUGUGUUUACUAUAUAUGCUUGACAUAUUGUUCACAAAAUUAUGAUGUCAGCUUUCUUUACAUUAGUUAUAAUUCAUGAAUGAAGAAAAUGUAAUAUUGAACGAAAAUUUUCUCACUUCACUUUGCCUUUCUUCAGCUGUCCUGUCUUAGUUUUUAUUUGAUCAAUAAGGACCGCGAAUAAACACGUUUUCAAUACAAAUGUAACUAUUUCCAUUAAUCACACGGCUGUCUGGAAUACUUGUUUCUGAUUGGUCAAUUGCGGGGUUGUGAAUAAAAUCGUUCAUACUGGAGCUCCUGUGCUUCUAUCACAUAGUAGUCUCAGCCUCACACGUCACACGGACCGUUGGCUAAACGUCUGAUGCAUAAGGCACACUUUUCUAGAAACACUUCAGCACGUUCGAAGUCGACAUCUGAUUGGUUGAAUUUCAUAGGAUUUCCGGGAGACGUGCGUGUUCUUUAAUGGUCCGCCUGGAAACAACAAAGCCUUCUGAUCUAAGAAAUAAUAAGCUGUAGUGUUUACAACGGUUGCUAUAAAAAUUCAUCACGAUCGACUAAACGCUUAACUCUUAAAAGUAUGCAUGGUUCAUGGCAUAAACCUAUCAUUGUUGUUUCUGUUAACUUUUGACACGUUCGUGAAUGUACAUCGGUCUGUUACUACGCUGCGGGGACAUUUCUACGCCUCUAAACAUGACGCUGCACACAAUGAAAGUUUAUGAAACGUGCUUGCUUUACCUGUCAGGCAUAUGGCCUCUUGGGCGGGCCUUGGCCAAUGAAAGCGGCGAUAAGUUCCAGACCUGGCUACGCGAGACUAAUCACAUAGCGGUUAUUUCGAAAUCCGACGUCUCAAGCUGUUAAAUUUGUUGUUAAAAUGGCCUUGGAAGACCUAAGCAUUAACUUUAAAGCGAACGUUAAAUUUCUGAUAGAUAGUGCCCGUGCACAAAACAAGACAACGUUUAAAGCAUCACUCGGAAGAGCGCGGCGGUAAGAGACACAAAAGUAACGUGGACAACAGAAUAACCAUAAUAUAUAAACGAAUAAUGUAAUAUUUUUGCCGUGUUGUUGCUAUCUGUUAAUGACCAACUGCCUGCAUAUUAUUUUGUAAAUAAUUUAUUUCUUUUUGAGAUACAUAUUUAAACUAACAGCCUGGUUUCCUCUUUGCUUUUAUGAUAAUGUACAGUAGAUAAAAAAAUGUGGCCUAUGAAUUGAAAAGUAAUUUGCGUGCAUAUAUUUAAUAUUGCAUAUUUACAGACAGUAGCCCGAUCUGACGUCUUGUGACAAAUAAUGCAGGGCGUAUUAGCUCUAGUCUCCGCCAGAGGGCGAUGUGAUUACAUUAACACGUGUAGAAAGAGUUGAAAUCGCAAGAUCAUUGAAAGGAUACGUUAAAACAAACCAGUAUUUAAGUCUAACUAUGAGGUGCGUUUUGAUAAAAAUUGGAACAUGCUAAGAUGAUUAUUUGAUAACUGAGGCAGUGUUGUACAGUAACAGGCUGUUAUAGUGAAUCAGAGCAGACAGGCAGGAAAUAGUUCUGCUAUUUUAAACUCACCCUUAUGUUGUAACAUGUUUUUUUCUUUCCACAGAUAUUAGAUACUAGGCAGAAUGUAUGUUGUGUUUCAUGUGUACGUAGAAUAGUCUUUAUUGUUGAAAUGUUAACCUAGAUUUUAGGCCUACAACAAAUAAAUGAUGGAUAACUUUACAUUCUUUCAAAUACUGAACUUCCUGUGUGUUCUCUUUCAGCUAUGUUGGAAAGUUCUGCCCUCUGGGCCUCUUUUGUGCUUCUAGCCUCUAGUUGUGUUUAAAUGUGGUCUUUCUCAUUCUCACUGCAUUUCACCAAACAAGUGGUUCUUUGUUUGGGGUGCUAGGCGUCAGCUCUUGCAUCACUAAAAUCCUGGAAGACCCUCCAACCCUCAUCUGCUUGCUAUUUCUCUUUCAUUCUUUCUGUAACAUUCUUUCUCUGUUCCAAUUGUUUGUAUAUUAUGAUAUGGCUGUCCUAAAAAUCUAAUUAUUAUGUAGGCUAUGGGUCAGCUGAAUUUCAAAUCCUGUAUUAAUGCAGGGAUGAAUCACACUUGAGGUUGAGUUCAGCAAGUGCGCAUAUGAGAAGAGGCCAGCAACUGCAUCUGAAUAGCUGAGGGAACAUUCUCUUGGAUGGUGGUAAACCUAGUGACCCCCUCUUUUACUUUUUGUUGCAUGCUUUCUUUCACUCUGAUUAUGUGUGUAACAUCCUGCUGGAACGGUGGCAUAAUGGUUUCAGCGUGGGACAGCUUUCCUUGGGCACUCUGUCAGCUGGGGAGGCAUUAUAUGAACCCUUGAUAGAUAUCCUCAUCUCCCAUAAACCUCUCAAAUGUGAAUGAACCUUCUGCUCUUGCUAUUCAACCAGUUUUACUUGAAACAACACAAUUGAAACAAACAAACUAAUAAUUUUUAAGGCAUCUUAUAGAUGUUUGUAACACAGAGGGUUAUAUUGACCACAUGUUGUUACAAAAGCAACAUGUCCCAAAAGAAGUGGGUCAUGUCUGAUAUAUUCCAUGCUUUCUGAAGCCAUAUGAUAGACUUGUGUGAUUAAUGUGUGAACAAUAAAAUUCAAGUUGUUACUCCCUGAUAAUCUGGUAAUUCUCCAUUACAGCAUUUGUUGUCACAGUUCUUGUAACCAAAUGUCUUG